ACUGAUCUACAGCUACGACGAGUAAAACAAGAAGCCGUACCUGUACGGUCUUCUCUAUAGAGGGAGCAAUUGGAGAGAGAGAGAAAGAACAGCGAAAAAUGGUCGAUGCCGGCGACAUAACGGCCGGAGGGCCGCCGCGCGCUCACGAGGAGGAGCAAGCGGGAACUCCGGCAUACGGUUCGGUGGUCCUCGGCGGCACUUUUGACCGCCUCCACGACGGCCACCGCCGCCUUCUCAAGUAUGCGGAGCUUAUUGAGCCCGUUGACAAGCGCAUCAAGGGUGUGGAGGAUUACAUCAAGUCUAUAAAGCCAGAACUGAUAGUACAAGUGGAGCCUAUUGAGGACCCUUAUGGCCCAUCCAUAACUGAUGAGAAGUUGGAUGCCAUUAUUGUCAGUAAGGAGACAUUAAAUGGUGGACUGGCUGUAAAUAGGAAAAGAGAAGAGAAAGGGUUCCCACUGUUGAAGGUUGAGGUUGUUGAUCUCCUUUCCGGCGGUGUGGAGGGGGAAAAAUUGAGUUCUUCUGCUUUAAGGAAACUUGAGGCAGAACAAGCUCAACAAAGUGAAACAAAAUCUGGUAGCCUUGAAGCUUCUUAGGGAGGAAAUUGAAUACUUUGAUCUGGUUAGCUGAAUGCACAAAUACGGGGGUGAUCUGCUCCAAGCUCAGUGUGAACAAAAAAUAUGAUCAGAGCUGACAGUUUGGUUACCUUUCUAGAGGAAUAAUCUUCGAACACUGGCCCAUGGCCCUGUAACAGUAUUGCUCUAACCUUCUAAAAUCAACCUGGCAACAUAGACUCUCCCCUACUAACCAAAUUUACAAAUUUUGUAUUGGCAAUGCCAUCUGAAUGUUAAAAGGAAAUCUUCUUGGGUUUGUAUAAAUAUCUACAAUUGUGACAAAGCUACAAACGAAUAUGGUUCCCCUUCGCAAGAACCCAUGCAAUGUAGCUUGUCAUUAUAAUCUUUGUUCUCUUGAAACAUAUUGUAUAAUUAUGUGUAUAUACGCAUUGGUUGAUCA